UUGUAUGCAGGUUCCUGCGAGGUUUUCACGCAGCUCAUUCGCGCCAGGGGCAAAGAUGUCCUCUACACUGGUGACCAUAUCUACGGCGAUAUCCUCAAGUCAAAGAAGCAGGUCGGCUGGCGCACUUUUCUAGUCAUUCCAGAACUACUGAAUGAAAUCUACGUGUGGAAGAGCAAGAAGGCACUGUACGAUCGUCUACAGGAUUUGGACAACAGACUGGCCGAAAACUACAAAAACAUGGACAUACACUCAGCGAGCAUACCAAACGUCGCCAGCCUACAAAAGGAAAUUCGGCUUGUCGCUCAGGAGAUGGAAAGGGCCUAUGGUCUGCUGGGAAGCAUUUUUAGAAGUGCCAGCUUGCAAUUGCCCUCGCUGGAUGUCAGAUUUUGUUCUCUUGUGUACUCUUGCAUCAGGAAACAGCUGAGUUCUGCCGUGACGUCAAUCAGUUUUAUCAUUGCUGGAUUUGGAGCUCUGUCCAAUCUUUUGGAAUGA